CUGACACUUGACGGAGGGAGGACGCGCACGAUCCCACCCUCGUCGUCGCCCCUACACCAACACCACUUUAUGAUGCUGUAACCUGAUGGUCAAGGAAUCUUGUCGGGUUUAGUUACUCGGACGUGCUCAUAAAAAUGUGGGCUGUGUUGGAGGAAGCCUGGGAGUGGUGCUGGGGGAGCGGCACUGUGACCAGGCUGGCUCUCCUGGACCUACUGAUCCAGUGGGGCCUUGGGGUCGUUGCUUGUCUCCUGAAGACAGAGAAGUUUUUUGAUCUUACAGGUGCAGUAACAUUCAUCCUUCUAGUAUAUUUGAACUACAAAUGGAACAACUCCGGGCAUCCUCGUCAGGCAAUCCAGACAGGCUGUGUUGCCAUAUGGGCCUUAAGAUUGGGGCUGUUCCUCUUCAUCCGCAUAGUAAAAGAUGGGAAAGACCGUCGAUUUGACAAGACGCGUGGAAAUCCAUCUCGCUUUCUUUUUGUUUGGACUUUGCAAGGAGUGUGGGUGUUGGUGACAGUUCUGCCAAGUGUGCUGGCAGUGUUGUCUCCCCGGCAGCGUCCCCUCGGAGCCAGAGACUAUGUGGGCUGGGGCAUAUGGGCCACAGGUUUCCUGAUUGAAGUUGUGGCUGACUAUCAGAAGACAACUUUUAGAAAUAAUCCAGCUAAUAAGGACAAAUUCAUCAAGAGUGGGCUGUGGUAUUUAUCACGUCACCCUAACUAUUUUGGAGAGAUUCUCCUCUGGUUUGGACUGUAUGUUAGUGCAUCGUCAACGUUCUCUGGCUGGGAGUAUUUAACAAUUUUAUGCCCCCUGAUGGACUACCUGCUGAUCACACGCAUCUCUGGUAUCCCUGUGUUGGAGAGUCACGGUCGCAGAAAGUGGGGUACUUCUCCCCAGUACCAGGCCUAUGUCAAGAACACACCCACUCUGAUGCCCUUCGCUGGUUAAUGCCAGUUCACCAAAUUAAUAUGAAGGAGUUUGAUUUUCUGGUAUAGCCCUUGGUGAUAUCGGAGCUAUCUCCCCGAGAUUGCUCCGUACUACAACAGUCACAUCAGUCACGCAGGUUCUGUUUGGCCUACAGGCGACCACAGCCAGAACCUGGCCACCUCUCUCACAGAAGCAUAGAGAACAAAUGACAUUCCACCAGGAAAGCAUCCAGAAAGUCAGCAAAGCUUUACAGACAACUGGUGGCUUUACAAGAACCAAAGCCUCAAAACUGCCAACCAAUUUCCAGAAGGAUUUAGAUGAAAUGAAAUAAUUCACUUGAAACUGGCUCGAACCUGUUAGUACCGAUUACCACCACCAGGUGGCCCAGAGCUUGGUCUUCCGCCAACUCGCCAGUCAGUUUUGUCGCUGCUGUGUUGCCUAGUGCAUCACAGUAGUACUCCAUGUCGCUAUCCUUAACGCCAGUGUUUUUAAGCUCCUUCUGAGCAGUCUUGGUUGCUUGACAGCAUCUUAGAUUUUCUUGCCUUCUCUAGUUAUCCCUUGGCCCUGGAUAACUUUCUUAAGGCAGUUUUUUCCUUGCCUCCGGUUGUUGGGUUGGUGAGUUUCAUGCUUUUCUCUGGAGGCAGGGA